GCACCGACGCUAGAUAGAGAGAAGCGUCUGGUCGGGAUCACCCCACCAGCCACAACCAUAACCACAAGAUCAAAAAAUCAUUACUCGUACACCCUCUCGCUCGUCGAUCGCUACUGGGAUCUUCCUAUCCUACUCUAUCUUUCUAUCUAUCUAUUAUAAAAUUUUUCAAAGAAAAUCCGCCAAAACGGAUAUUUACACGGAGAUUGAUUGGAGUAUUAAUAAAAUGACCACAUCAGGCGGCGGUGGCGGCGGCCGCUACAUGGCCUAUUCUCCUUCUCCGUCCGCCCCUCACUCUCCCCAUCUAUCUGGCCUCCGCUCCGCCUCCUCUGCUAUUGUGGAGCAAGAAAAAUAUCUUUCAGAGUUACUAGCAGAGCGUCACAAGCUUAGUCCAUUUAUGCCUGUGCUCCCUCAUACCUAUCGAUUGUUAAACCAGGAAAUAUUGCGUGUAACUACACUGUUGGGGAAUGCAUCAGUUUUAGGUCAAAGUGGGCUUGAACAUGCUAGCCCUCUGGCUUCUGGAGGAAUAUUUUCAAAUGGAGGAGCCGAUGCAAAUGGAUGGGCAUCACGGUUUCAAUCAGAAAUGUCAAGUUUAUUACAACCCUCAUCAGCACAGAACUGGCUGAGUUCACAAGGCAGCUCAUCUGGUCUUAUUGUUAAAAGAACUAUCAGAGUGGAUAUUCCUGUUGAUACAUAUCCUAGUUACAACUUUGUCGGGCGCCUCCUUGGCCCUAGGGGGAACUCUCUUAAACGAGUGGAAGCAAGUACCGAGUGUCGUGUUCUGAUCAGAGGCCGAGGUAGCAUUAAGGAUCCAACUAGGGAAGAAAUGAUGAGAGGGAAACCGGGGUAUGAGCAUCUGAAUGAACCUCUUCAUAUCUUAGUAGAGGCAGAAUUACCAGUCGAAAUAGUUGAUGCUCGCCUAAUGCAAGCACGCGAGAUACUUGAAGACUUGUUGAAGCCUGUGGAUGAAUCUCAUGAUUUCUAUAAGAAACAGCAACUAAGAGAGCUAGCAAUGUUGAAUGGUACCCUUCGUGAAGAGGGUUCUCCCAUGUCUGGUUCUGUUUCUCCGUUCCACAACAGCCUUGGUAUGAAGAGGGCCAAGACCAGGGGGUAAUGGAUCCCCAAUUUGAAUUGGGCUUUUGGAGCUUGUGUGUUUGUCCUGCCAUUAAUCAGCGGUUCGCAUGCGACAGAUGUCGCUGUGUCAGCCAUUGCCUCCGACUGCCAUCGGGGCACUGGCACUACUCUUGGGUGCCAGUUCUAACUUGUUUCUAUAAGUGUGUUUAUCUUAUGUUUGGGGAGAGUUUAAUGACAGUAUCACAUAGUAAGGAGGCUGGUUGAGUUGGGGGGGGUUUGCUUGUGUAUGUUGCUUAAGGCAGUUUGGACUCCUAGACUGCCCCUGUAUUAAAAUUAGUCUUUACUACAAGCGUGUAUUGGACAAUUUUGAUAGUGAUGAUGCAAGAAUGGUAUGGUUUGUAUACAAAUAGUGAGCUAAGCAUCUAUCCGUCCUGUGCAUCUUCUUUGGGAUGGUUUGUUUUGUAUUAUCAAGUGUAGAAUGGAUUUGAAUUUGAAGGCGGUCUUUAUCGUCUUCUCUGACAAUUGAAUUUGCUUUUCUUCUGCCCA